GUGGAUUGGAGGGGGACAACCACACGAUGGGCACCGCUCGUGAUUGGGACAGACCAGGCUCGCGCAAUCUCAUCCAUGUUUCUUGCCAUCACCACGCUCCGACCCCGCAGGUCGGAUUGCGAGUGGGAUGGUGGGACUCGAGAGCUUAUAAGAAGCGGAGGGGCAUCCAAGAAUCCAAGAUAUCCGGUCACUGUCGUCCAAGUGAAGUGAAUACAACACGAGAAGGACCACUGUUUUGAACAGCCAGUGAAGUCCAUCCCACGAACCUCACAGAAUGGCCCCCUCCGCAGUCGAAGUCCAGACCGCCGCGGUCCCGGACGUGUCAACCCUGAAGCUCGACACCUCACACAAAGGCCCAUACAAGGAGCUGGCCGCCAACCGGUAUGACCCGGAAGCCGAGGCCGGACUGAAAGGCCACAAAGCGGCCAGCUACCCGCACUACCUGCCGACCUGGGACCGCACCAAGAAGUACCCGCCGCUCGAGCCGUUCGAGCACUACGACCACGGGCGGGACGCGGACCCGACGUUCCCGAACCUGCUGCCGGCGGGGGUGGCGACCGUGACGCAUCUGACGCCGACGAUCGGCACCGAGGUGCGCGGCGUGCAGCUCAGCGCGCUCAGCAACGCGGGCAAGGACGAGCUGGCGCGGCUGGUGGCCGAGCGCAAGGUGGUCGCCUUCCGCGACCAGGACUUCGCCGACCUGCCCAUCGAGAAGGCGCUUGAGUUCGGCGGGUACUUCGGCCGACACCACAUCCACCCGACGUCGGGCGCGCCGGCCGGCUUCCCCGAGAUCCACCUGGUGCACCGCGGGGCGGGCGACACGGGCAUCAACCGCUUCUACGAGAACCGGACGAGCAGCGUGGCGUGGCACUCGGACGUGUCGUACGAGGCGCAGCCGCCGGGAACGACGUUCCUGUACAUCUUCGACAAGCCGACGACGGGGGGCGACACGCUCUUUGUGGACGCGGCCGAGGCCUACCGCCGGCUGAGCGCGCCCUUCCGGCAGCGCCUGCACGGCCUGCGCGCCACGCACUCGGCCGUCGAGCAGGCCGCCAACAGCCUCGCCCGCGGCGGCAUCGUGCGCCGCGAGCCCGUCAUCAACGAGCACCCCAUCGUCCGCACCCACCCGGUCACCGGCGAGAAGGCGCUCUACGUCAAUCCGCAGUUCACGCGCGAGAUCGUGGGCCUCAAGAGGGAGGAGUCGGACGCGCUGCUCAAGUUCCUGUACGAGCACCUGGCGUUCGGGGCCGACUUCCAGGUGCGCAUCAAGUGGGAGGACCGCACCGUCGUGGUGUGGGACAACCGCGUGACGCAGCACUCGGCGCUGGUCGACUGGCGCGACGGCCAGCGCCGCCACCUGGCGCGCAUCACGCCGCAGGCCGAGCGGCCUUUCGAGACGCCGUUCGAGGGCUGAUGAUGUUCGAUGUGUGUAGCUGGGUGGUGUUUAUUAACGAGAUGUUGAUGAGUACCUUAGGUAGUUAUUCG